CUUGAAAAUGCCUCGUUAUGAUGAUCGUUAUGGAAGUAAGACCCGUCUGUAUGUUGGUCGCUUGUCUUCGCGGACACGUUCUCGUGAUCUGGAACGUUUAUUCAGCAGAUAUGGGAGGUUUCUGGGGGUUUCCCGUAAUCAGGAAGUCUUUGGUGAGGGGUGCCUUGGUGGAAUUGGUGGAAAUUCUUGUCGAGUGUCUAAGGGACUUGGCGAUUCUUUCUAUUAUGUUAUUGCCUGUUUUUAUGCAAAUGGCAACAAUCUCAAACUGGUGUUUAGUUCGUCUCUGAGGGGCGAAGUAUCAUACACUUGCAGUAGUUAAGUAAUGAUGGCCUUACUGUUUCUGGCAACCAUUUCCGCAGAGUACGAGAUGUGGAUAUGAAGCGCGACUUUGCCUUUGUUGAAUUUAGUGAUCCCCGAGAUGCUGAUGAUGCUCAAUAUAGCCUCAAUGACCGGGACUUCGAUGGAAGCCGUAUUAUUGUGGAAUUUGCAAAGGGGGCACCGCGUGGUUCCCGAGCUUCUUUUGGCAGAGAUCCUCCUCCUGGAUCUGGACGCUGCUUUAAUUGCGGCAUUGAUGGCCAUUGGGCUCGUGAUUGCAAAGCUGGAGACUGGAAGAACAAGUGUUACCGGUGUGGAGAGAGAGGUCAUAUAGAAAAGAACUGCAAGAACAGUCCCAAGAAGUUAAGACGUGGAAGAAGUGACUCAUUAUCACCAGACAGAUCACUUUCUCCUCGUCGUGCCAGAAGCCGUAGCCGAAGUUACAGUCGAGGCCGUAGCUACAGCCGCUCAAUAUCCCCAGCAAGGAGAGAGAGAAGAGUUGAGCGUGAAGAGAGGAGAUCAGAGAGCCCUCGCUACAGAAGCCCAGAGCCAAGGAGAAGUCCAGCUCCUUCCAAGGGGAGGAAGCGCAGCCUAACACCUGAUGAAGGCAGCCCCCAGGAGAGAGGCACCCCUUCUCCCAAAAAUGGUAGAUUGGCUGCGGAGCAAAAUGGUUCCGAUUACAGUGGCAGCCCAAGGAGAAAUAGCAGAAGCCCUGUCAGCCCUGAAAGAGAGAGCCCUGUUGGUAGGAGCUAUCGAAGUCCUUCUGAAGCUAAUGGUCAUGGUCGAAGUGUCAGCCCUAGAGAUGAUAGGAGCCCUAUUGAUGAAGAUGAUGACAACAACCGGUCUCCAAGAGCAAAAGGGGAGGCGGGAACGACCAGCGUAGCAACCCUUCCUGGGCGUGACCAUAGGAGCCCCUCUUUGCUGUAGAAUGUCCAGUUUGAGCCAUAGCUACUGUCCCAAGAGUGAGCCUGUCACCACAGCACCUCCAAAGUAUCUAACUGAUCCAAAGCUCAUCCCUAUGCCAAAGGGCUGGCUUUACUACAUCAAGUGGUUUCAAUUUAUGUCUUGGCUUGUACUCCUAACUUCAAAGUCAUGAAAUAUCAGCUCGGGCUCACUUUGGUAGUAAGAUAUAGAUGAUUUGAUACUUCUAUAUCUUAUUUUUUUAUUUAUUGAAUUUUGCUUAAUAAACAUUUUACAUAAUUGAGUCAUAUCUUAAGGAUUAGACAUCAGUGAGGGUCAGCGACUUCAUCAUCAAUACACAGAUCAUCUGUUCAACA